UGAGGUUUUAUGCUUCAAACAAGCCGCUUAAGCCAAGUUAAAAUGCGUAUCAAAUUUCACACGGUAAAUUGUGUAAAUAUAUGUGGCGCUAAACGGCGGCUUAAACACAGGGUAUUUUAUAUAUUGGACAUACAUCUUCCUCGAUUAAAUUCUAGUGUUAAAAUGACUUCGAACGAAGGUAUGUCUUUACAUGGAGAAAACGAUUUAGAUAUGAUGAAUAAGAAUACUGACAAUGGGAAACCUGUCCCAGAGAAGGGAAUUGAAAACACAGGAUGUAACGAUGAAAAUCUUACAGAUGCUAAAAAUAAUGACUUGCAAAGUUCGACCGACAGACAACAAACGAAAAUGCCUUCUUCCAAGGAGUCGAUAAAGCAAUCAGAAUCUCAUGGUUUAAUAGAGCUUAACAAAUUAAAUGGAGAAGCAAACGGUACAGUCGCAGGGGAGGUUCCAAACGAUGGAGAACCGCCUAAUAAACGAGAUUCCUGGGGUGGUAAACUUGAAUUUGUACUUGCCUCUCUGGGUUUAGCAGUUGGCGGCGGAAACGUGUGGCGUUUCCCGUACCUUUGUCAAAGAAAUGGCGGAGGUGCAUUCUUGAUUCCGUUCUUCACCUGCAUGAUUCUCGAGGGAUUUCCACUCAUGAUUUUGGAAUACACAAUUGGCCAAAGAUUCCGAACAACUGCUGUAAGCAGUUUCAAGCAAAUGCAUCCAGCUUUAAUGGGAGUUGGUAUUGGUUGUAUGAUUGUCUCCAUUUAUUUCUGCCUUUAUUACAUCGUGAUAAUAACUUGGUGUGUGUAUUACUUCUUCAUUUCACUCACCAAAGAUCUGCCGUGGAUUCGUGAUGAACUAUGCCCGAAAGCUGCAAAUUAUACUGGCCUUCAGAGCAACUACACAUACUAUAAGGACCUUGUUUCAAACGCAACUGUCAAUUCGAGCGAGUAUUUCGAUUUUAAGCACCAAAGAGAUUCAUAUAAACAACAGGUUGAAAAUUUCACUGAUUGCUGUGUGCGUGAUCCUUCAAUGUGGUAUUUCUACUCGUCGACACUGCAGGUGUCCACUGAUAUAGAUGAUUACGGUGAAGGGGUGAAUGCCAAGUUAUUUGGUUGUUUAAUUCUUGCUUGGUUUCUUACCUACAUUUGUAUUGCAAAAGGAAUUAAGACCAGCGGCAAGGCUGUUUACUUCACCGCAACGUUUCCUUACGUCAUCUUGUUUAUCUUUUUCUUCCGUGGAAUAACUUUGGAAGGAGCUGCUGAUGGUAUUCGAGUAUUUUUUGAACCAGAUUUCUCAAAGUUGUCUGAACCAACAGUAUGGAAAGACGCUGCCACUCAGAUGUUUUAUAGUAUCAGCGUGGGAUUUGGUGCGAUGAUCACGUUUGCGAGUUACAAUAAUUUCCACAACAAUGUUGUCCGCGAUGCUCUCAUCGUUGUAACUCUUGAUGCCGCCACAUGUGUGUUUGCUGGGGUGACGGUCUUUUCCAUCUUAGGAUAUAGACAACACAUUACUGGUAUACCCGUAACUGAGGUUGGCGGUGGUCCUGGUUUAGCUUUUAUAACAUUCUCAGAUGCUUUUCUACGUCUGGACGCCUCUCCGUUUUGGGCCGCAAUGCUCUUCCUCAUGUUGUUUUUGCUGGGUAUCGACAGCGAAUUUGGAACGAUGGAAGCUGCGAUUACUCCUAUUUUUGAUGCCAAUAUCCUCCCAAAAUGGAUGAAAAAAUGGAUGUUCACAGGUAUCGUGGCCAUUGCGUUGAUGCUCUGUGCUUUGCCGUUUUUAACCGGGAAAGGAUACUACAUCUUCCAGACGUUUGAUGAUUGGUCCGGAUCUCUUCCUCUUGUCGUUAUUGCUUUAUUCCAGUGCAUUGCUGUGGCCUGGGUGUAUGGAAAUGAUAAGUUUGCUGAGGACAUCAAACUUAUGACAGGAAAACGUCCAUGGAUUGGUUGGAUGGUUUGUUGGAAGUAUAUAUCUCCAAUACUAUUGUUCCUCGUCCUCAUUGGCGUUUUGUACACAAGUUCGUCUGAAACCGCCCAAUACUCCGCUUUUGUUGGCUGUGCUCAGGAUCCAUACAGUCAUAAAUUUCCUGGAAGCGAUUCCUGGACAACGAGAUUGGACUACCCAGCCUGGGCGCAGGGUUUCAUUGCAAUCAUGGUGAUGUUGCCUAUUCUGCCAAUAUUCAUUUGCAUCAUCUAUUACUGGCCUUCAAAUUGGCGUUCUGCUUUCUAUAACAAGUUUUGUACUGGAGUGACGAAUUACUUGCCCGACCCGAGCAGAGGUGGCACACAGGAAUACUCAAUGACACAUCCUCCUGGGGAAAACGUGAACCAAUCAACCGUUCCUGUGGCCUGAUUGCAACUAUUUAUUCUUCUUGUUUGAUUAGUAGAAUAUAUGUGAUGUGCAUUAAUAGCUCAAUAGUGAAGUCUUAGUUACGAUAGAAUAGAAUAUUUUAGUGUAGUUUGUAAACCAACUUGUCAUUGUUUUAAUUUGUGUACUCUACCUGUUUUAUGUUCAUGUUUUGAAUCCUGUGUAAACUACUAGAAAUGUUCCAUGUAUAAGUUGUUCGUUAUUAACAAGAAAUUUUAGAUUAACCAUUUUUACAAAUAAGAUAAUGUCUUAACCUAGGUUGAGUACAGCUAUAUACAUCUUUAGUUUAUUAAAAUGUAUUUAUGUCUCUUGCAUGUUGGAUUACAGAGUAAAUGUAAGUGUAUAUAAUGCCAUUUAAAUUAUAAUGCAUAAAUGUAAUUAUGUCAUGUUCGCAUGAGCAUUUCGUUAUAUUUCUUGCAAUAGUCAAUACAUGUUGAGUUUUGUGAAAGUAUUUAAUGAUAUA